AUGGACUUACCCUCCAUUUGUGAUCGGAUGGGGCUGGAGCAAGUCCCAGACCAACUGGGCUACGUGGUGAUGAGUGAAGGUGCAGUGCUGGCAUCAUCUGGGGAUCUACAAAAUGAUGAGCAGGCCGCCAGCACCAUCUAUGAGCUGGUCAGCACCGCAUGUCGUUUCCGUCUGCACCACGGCAUGAAGGUGCCCUUCCAACACCUUUCUGUGGUCUUUGGAGAACACACUCUGCUGGUGAUCAUGUUGGGGCAGAGAAUGUUUGUGGUGAAGAGGCAGAACCAAGGCUGGGAGCCCAUUGACAUCUGA